UGCACAAUGAAGAUGCAUAUAUAGAUUAUUCAGUUGGAGACAGUGCUCUUGUAAUUGUUAUUUUGUUUAGUUUUGUUUUGUUGACCUUACUAUUGUGUAACCUCAAGAUAUGCAUCAAUGAACACUGAACAGGGGUACCUGUCUCCUGCUGAGGAAGAUGGAGGCGGAUGCAGACGAGAAGCGCCAUCGCACACGCUCCAAAGGUAUCCGAGUACCCGUGGAACCAGUAAUACAAGAGCUGUUCAGCUGUCCAACACCAGGCUGUGAUGGCACUGGUCAUGUCAGUGGCAAAUAUGCAAGGCACAGAAGUGUGUAUGGUUGCCCAUUGGCAAAGAAAAGGAAAACACAAGACAAGCAGCCACAGGAACCUGCUCCCAAGAGGAAGCAGUUUCUAGAGAGAAUGGAAAACUCAUCGGUGGAUGAGUGCUACGAGACGGACGGGAUGGAGGAAGAAGAGGAAGAUGAGGAGGAGUACUCUGAUGACAAUGAGGAGCAUGGAGAGGAGGAGGAGGUUGUGAGAGAGGGUGAAGACGAGGAGGAGGAGGAGGAGGAGGUGGGAGUUGAGGAGGAGGGGGAAGAUGGAGGUGAAGAAGAGGAUGAUGAAGAAGAUGAAGAAGAUGAUGAUGAUGAUGAUGAUGAUGAUGAUGAUGAUGAUGAUGAUGAUGACGAAGACCUGUGCAAUGAACAAGAAGGUGUUCAUAUGGACUGCAGGUAUUCCAAAUCCAAUCAAAUGGCUGAGAAGGAUGACAACAACAACAACACUGAAUAUGACAAUUACGAUGAGCUGGUGGCCAAGUCCUUGUUGAAUCUGGGCAAAAUAGCAGAGGACGCUGCCUACCGUGCCAUGACGGAGUCCGAAAUGAACAGCAACUCCUCCAACAGCAUGGAGGAUGAGGAUGACAAUGAGAACGAGAAGAAUGCCAGGAAAAGCGAGCUGAGCCUGGACGUGGACAGCGAUGUGGUACGGGAAACAGUGGACUCUCUGAAGCUUCUGGCACAGGGACAUGGAGUGGUGCUGUCGGAAAACUAUCUGGAUGGGACAACAGCAGAGAGCAACAACAACAACAACAGCUGUAGCAGAAACGCUGGAGCAGGCAUCCAGGGAAAACACACCAGUAAUGGGCAGGAGGAAAGUGAUGAGGAGGUGUGUCUGAGCAGCUUGGAGUGCCUGAGGAACCAAUGUUUUGACCUGGCCAGGAAGCUCAGUGAGACGCAGCCGCCUGAAAAAAACCACCAGCAGCAGACACCCACUUACGCUGACUGCCAGCAGAUGAGCAAUGAGAACAAUGGAGCAGGGCGGAUGCUGGAGCGCAACUAUUCAGACAUGGUGAACCUCAUGAAGUUGGAGGAGCAGCUCAGCCCCAGGUCCAAGACCUUCUCCAGCUGCGCCCAGGAAGAUGGCUAUCAUGACAGGGAUGAGGACACAGCCUCGGUGACCUCUGACCGCUCAGAGGAGGUUUUCGACAUGACCAAGGGCAACCUGACAUUGCUGGAAAAGGCAAUUGCCUUGGAAUCAGAGCGGGCAAAAGCCAUGAGAGAUAAAAUGGCCAUGGACAGGAGGGGCAACAUGGGAAUGCUAGAUGAGCACAUUCCAAGGCAACACUGCGGAGAAGAGAGGAGACACAGACUCCACGACGGCCACAUGAAGAAGCCAUACUACCCGAAAGAUUUGUCUCGAGCUGACAAGAAAGAAAGCAAAUGUCCCACUCCGGGGUGUGACGGGACAGGUCAUGUGACAGGGCUGUACCCUCACCAUCGGAGUUUAUCAGGGUGUCCGCACAAAGACAGGGUACCUCCAGAAAUUCUUGCAAUGUAUGAAAAUGUUCUUAAGUGUCCUACGCCAGGCUGCACGGGACGAGGCCAUGUAAAUAGCAACAGGAACUCCCACAGAAGCCUGUCUGGGUGUCCCAUUGCUGCUGCAGAGAAGCUGGCUAAGGCUCAAGAAAAGCAUCACAGCUGUGAUGAAACUAAAUCUAACCAAGCAUCAGACCGUGUUUUAAGGCCUAUGUGCUUUGUAAAACAGCUGGAAAUCCCACAGUAUGGCUAUAAAAAUAAUGUCUCCACCACAACACCUCGCUCCAAUUUGGCAAAGGAACUAGAGAAGUAUUCCAAGACUACGUUUGAGUAUAACAGUUUUGACAACAGCGUGUACGGAAAACGAGCCAUUGCACCCAAAGUCCAAGGCAGGGAUGCAUCUCCCAAAGGAUACGAUGCCAAGCCCUACUGUAAAAACUCAAGUUCAGCCAGUAGCACGACGAGCAGUUAUGCUCCCAGCAGCAGCAGCAGCAACAGCAGCAUGAGCUGUGGAGGAGGAGGCAGCAGUGCCAGCAGUACCUGCAGCAAGAGCAGCUUCGACUACACCCACGACAUGGAGGCCGCCCACAUGGCAGCCACUGCCAUCCUCAACCUCUCAACGCGCUGCCGUGAGAUGCCACAGAACCUCUGCACCAAGCCUCAGGACCCAUGCUCCAGGAACCCUGAUAUUGAAGUGGAUGAAAAUGGAACGCUGGAUCUGAGCAUGAACAAGCAGAGAGGCCGCGAUGGCAGCUGUGCCGUUCUGACACCUCUGGAGCCGAUGUCUCCGCAGCGUCAGGCCAUGAUGAGUAGCAGGUGCUAUCAAAUGAAUGAGACGGACUGCUGGGACCUUCCUGUCGACUACACCAAAAUAAAACCCAGACGGGUCGACGAGGAUGACCCCAGAGAGCUUGAAGACUUAGAUCCUUUUCAAGACACCCUAGAAGAGCGGCGAUACCUUGCAGAGUCCACCCCCCCCAGUCCCAAGCCAAAAUACCCACAGUGCAAAGAGAGCAAAAAGGAUUUGAUAACAUGUCCAACACCUGGGUGUGAUGGGAGUGGUCAUGUGACUGGUAAUUACGCCUCACAUAGAAGUCUGGCUGGCUGUCCCUUAGCCGAUAAGAGUAUUCGAAGCAUGAUGGCCACUAACUCACAAGAACUCAAGUGUCCAACCCCUGGCUGUGAUGGCUCAGGGCACAUCACUGGAAACUAUGCUUCACACCGAAGUCUUUCAGGUUGUCCCAGAGCGAAGAAGAGUGGUAUAAAGAUAGCACAUUGCAAAGAGGACAAAGAAGACCAAGAGCCAAUCAGAUGUCCAGUUCCUGGGUGUGAUGGACAGGGUCAUGUGACUGGAAAAUACGCAUCACAUCGCAGUGCUUCAGGGUGCCCUCUAGCGGCCAAAAGACAGAAAGACGGCUACUUGAAUGGAGCACAGUUCUCCUGGAAGUCAGGAAAGACGGAUGGCAUGUCCUGUCCAACACCUGGUUGUGACGGGUCAGGACAUGUUAGCGGGAGCUUUUUAACACAUCGAAGGUAA